CGCGGCGCCUCCGUGUUAGCUCCAUUCAGUGGCGGGUUCCGCGGCGGGCGCAGCUCGGGCUGUUCUCGAUAGGAACAGGUCGCCGGCCGGCAUCACUCAGCGGGCAGCAGCCGCAGGAGGACGAGGUGCAGCACAGGAGCAGGAGAUGUUCUCCCGACUGAGAGCAGCCGCCGCCCCGUGCGCGAUGGCGCGCCGCGGCAUCCACAUGAAGGAGAAGGGGAAGCCACUGAUGCUAAACCCACGGACAAACAAGGGAAUGGCCUUUACCUUACACGAGCGGCAAUUGCUUGGGCUGCAAGGACUUCUACCUCCUAAAAUAGAGACACAGGACAUCCAAGCCUUACGGUUCCACAAGAAUUUGGCAAAAAUGACAGACCCCUUGGAGAAGUAUAUCUAUAUAAUGGGCAUCCAGGAGAGAAAUGAAAAACUGUUCUAUAGGGUGUUACAGGACGAUAUUGAGCGGCUGAUGCCAAUUGUGUACACACCAACAGUAGGCCUUGCCUGCUCCCAGUAUGGACACAUCUUCAGGAGACCAAAAGGAUUAUUUAUUUCUAUCUCAGACAGAGGCCACAUAAGGUCAAUUGUGAACAACUGGCCGGAGAACGACGUUAAGGCUGUUGUCGUCACUGAUGGAGAAAGAAUAUUGGGUCUGGGAGACCUAGGAGUGUAUGGGAUGGGAAUUCCAGUGGGAAAACUCUGUUUGUAUACAGCCUGUGCAGGAAUACAUCCAGAUAAAUGCUUGCCUGUGUGCAUCGACGUUGGAACCGAUAACAUAACGCUCUUAAAAGAUCCGUUUUACAUGGGCCUGUACCAGAAGAGGGAUCGCUCGCAGGUCUACGAUGACCUGAUUGAUGAAUUUAUGGAAGCCAUUACAGACAGGUAUGGCCAGAACACGCUUAUCCAGUUUGAAGACUUUGGAAACCACAACGCUUUCCGUUUCUUAAGAAAAUACAGAGAGAAAUACUGUACCUUCAAUGACGAUAUCCAAGGGACAGCUUCAGUGGCCUUGGCAGGACUGCUGGCAGCACAGAAAGCCACUGGCAGACCACUUACAGAGCAGAAGGUGCUGUUCCUUGGGGCAGGAGAGGCUGCCCUGGGAAUUGCAAACCUCAUUGUUAUGGCUAUGGUGGAAGGUGGUGUUUCUGCCGAGGAAGCCUACGGGAGAAUAUGGAUGUUCGACAAACACGGUUUGCUGGUCCAGGGCCGAGAACAAAAGGUGGAUUCCAACCAAGAACCGUUUACACAUCGGGCUCCAGAGCAGAUACCAAAGACGUUUGUAGAGGCGGUGAAUGUACUUCGGCCUUCAGCCAUCAUCGGAGUGGCAGGGGCUGGGAGGCUCUUCUCCCACGACGUGAUCAAAGCCAUGGCUGCCAUCAACGAGCAACCCAUCAUAUUCGCGCUGAGCAACCCCACGGUGAAGGCUGAGUGCACGGCAGAGGAGGCAUACACGUUAACAGAGGGCCGUUGCUUGUUUGCCAGUGGCAGUCCCUUUGACCUGGUGACUCUGAAGGACGGGAGGACCUUCAAGCCCGGCCAAGGAAACAACGCUUACAUUUUCCCAGGCGUGGCUCUGGCUGUGAUCCUCAGCAGUGUCCGGCACAUUAGCGACAAGGUUUUCCUAGAGGCUGCUAAGGCACUGGCGGAACAGUUGAGUGAUGAAGAACUUGCACAAGGAAGACUUUACCCUCCACUGUCCAAUAUCAGGGAAGUUUCUAUUUCUAUCGCUGUCAAGGUGAUGGAGUUUUUGUACGCCAACAACAUGGCUUUCCACUACCCCGAGCCCGAGGACAAGGACCGCUACAUCCGCUCCAAGGUCUGGUCCUACGAGUACGAGUCCUUCAUGCCAGACGUGUACGACUGGCCCGAGUCCAAGGUCCACUGAGGCACCGCCGCGCUCCUCAGGCAGUAUCUUCUACUCUGCAGGGAUCCCUUUUUCAGACCAAUUUAAAUCAUAAUCUGUAAUUUAUUUUCGCUCGUUUCGUUGUCUUUUCCCCCUCCCCUCCCCCCCCUUUGCUCUGUGUUUUUCACUCCACCUUGAUUUCUCCCCACUCCCUCCCCUCUCCCCCCCCAGUUCACCUGUUAAACUGUAUGGAUGAUGGCAUCCUGCCACAGGGAUGAGAGAGCACUCCAAAAUGAAUUUGAACGAUGACAUUGCAUUUCUAGCUUAGAGCCAGCGCCACACUGAAGAAUUCUAUUAAUGAUGUUUUAGCUAAACGCGUUUGACGACGAGCUUAUAGCUCUCCCUCAUCGCUGCCUGACCUCCUGAAUGAUUUGUUUCUGCCUUUAAUAAUCAGUCUUCUGACUGCCCUGGCGUUGUCACGCGGUGACAUCAACAGAGAGCACUUGUCAAAAAAAAAAAAAAAAAGCCCCGGAUGCUUCAAGGUAAAUUUAACAGUCCGGUGGGCUUUGUCUGAUGUUUAAAGAUGCCCGUGUCCAGGCUUCUUGGCGGCAUUGUCUGCUCCGUUUCCUUGAGCAGCAGCGCCGUGUAUGCCUCUGGAAUCUGCAGCAGAGCUUUUGCUUUUUUUGUUUUCAUUGCCGUGUGCAAUCCGUUCUCGGGAAAAAUGUGAGCUGGUUGAAAUUAUCCUUGGAAAGCCUGAAAACAGUAUUAAUCACUUCAUAGCUUUUGAAAACAGAGCUGUGCUGUCACGUUACAAAUUUUAUCAGGUAAGCGCAGGAUCUGAAGUAAUAACCAGAAAUCUUUUAGAGGUUUUACAAUGAGAUUUUAUACACUGGACUGCGAGGUGAGGUACCAAAGGAUUUUUCUUUGUUUCUUAAAAUUUUUUUCUUCCGAAUUUUUCUCCCUUGCAUCCCCUUGUUCUCACAGAAAGACUCGUGUAUGAUGUCUUUAUGAAUUGCUGACUCGAAAACUCCUGAGUGGGCUCACUCACCACUUUGAACAAACACUCCACGGGCAGCUGACGAAGCUGAAACAGCAAGUGUUGACAGGCAGCUAUUAACACACCCAUUCAUGCAGGUUUGGCUGAAUGUUUCCUGUGGUCUCAGUCCGGUGUUUUCAGGUCAGUCUGAGCGCUGGACUCUAAAGACGCAAAGCCUGCGAGCUCUGCCUCGAUCACUCCACCUUCCCCCCUCCAUUUACAGGCUCAGUUCCUCAGAGCUCUUGUGUGAGAACAAAAAACUGCAGGCUGAAUUUUUUUUUUCCUUGAAAUGGACGGCGCUGCACAUUUGUUUACAGAUGCCGCAGUGUGCGCUGGUGUCAGGCUGUUUGUUUCGAGGGUGUGGGGCUCAAGUGCCCUCUGUUACUUUGUGUGGGCAGGCAAGGACACCCUGUGAUAGCCGCAGCUUCCCUGGAUCUGUUCUCUGCAGCAGGAACAGCGAUAUGUCAGGAACAGAAAUAAAGAUAACGUGCUGUCCCGCAGUUUGCUGCAUCAAGGCACAGAAAAGAGGACAAGAGUAAAUAAAUAGAUAUAUGUAGCGAGGCUGUGCUGGCAAACGUGAGGGCAGAAUCCAAAGGCAUAAAGUAAAGCUUGCCCAGGAUUUAACCAUGGCAAGCAACCUCUCUCACAUCUUCAUUUAUGCGGGAAAACGCAGUCUCCACAGAAUAGGCCAAAAAUAGAGGAGGGGAAAACAGUCUCAGCACCCCCUUUGGACGUGAUCCCUGGCGCUUACGGCCUAAUAUCCGGGUUUGAAAUUAUUAAAAUGCAAAGAACAGAAAGCUUUGGGAAGGCUUUACCUAAGUGGGGGCAGAAGACUGAUUAUAUAAAUACAGAAAACAGUGAUGUGGGGAAGAAACUGUGGUAUCCAACCUGUGGUAAAGGGCUGUGUGGUGGGGCUCGAAGUGCUCCGUUGCCAAGUCAGGCAAUGCACGGGGUUUGGAACUUGCACAUGUAAUAUAAAGACCAACACACACAUAAUGUGAUGUUUUUACAGAGAAUGCUUUUUUCAUCUAUUUUUGCUAUGCCUGGUUUUUAUUGUAUUUAAAUUUUUUGUGAUCUUCCUGGAGAUUAUUUAUUUAGUGUAUGAAUUGUUUUUUUGCCUUCCGAAAAAUCCAGCUGUAUCUGAGGCCUGUUGUAGUGUGUCAGUGGAGUUCUGCAUCACUGGAUUCCAGUAUACUGGGAACACACACUCCGUCCCUUCUGCCAGGAGUCUAAUUAGGCAGAUGAGUAACAAAAAUACCCAAAGCACUGAUCUCAUGUCUGGGCUGAGAACGAUCACAGAGGCAGAGCAAUCGGUCCCUGAAUACAACUCUGUCUCAGAAAAUAAAGAUCUGCGUCCUCUUCA